ACGUAUUGAAUACUUAGUACUCAUACGUGCCCUUAUAUAAAGCGGCCGGAAAGCUGCAAAUCUACUCACUGUUAGUCCUGUAUCAGAGGAGUGUGGAGCUGUCUAGGAGCAGUCAGUGAUCUUUGAAUCGCAGGAUAUCCCAAAAACACAAUGAAACACGUCUUUUCCACAUCGUUGAUCGUGUCACUGUUCGUCAUCUUCACUGAUGCCCAAACAUUCCAGUAUUCUCGCGGAUGGACCAAUGGGAAGCGAUCGUCUCCGGAACAAACUGCUCCAAGCCGGACCUUGUUGCCUCACAUUCCGCUGGGAAUUGAUAAGCCAGAUGAAGAAUGUAGGUUACUAAUACAGCGUUUCCUAAAGUCUCCAUGUGAUGUACGACUGGCGAAUGCUAUUGUCAGCCGCAACAAGGACCUUCUCCGUGAUAUGGCUGACGAUGUGAACGAUGGAACAGCCCUACUAUACGAUCCUGUCCCAAUGGUGGAUACAACUGCUGGAGAAGAUGUAAGAUUUAAGCGUGGAACUAUCGAUCGACAUCUGUUGGGCGAUGACAUGCGGCGGUUCUAAAUUGGUUAUUAUGAAGCUAGGUUAACUGUGGUCGAUGGUACUAUGCUGGAAGUAGCAACGACCAGAGAGCCACCUAGUAGUUGUAACCGACAUUUCAGGAGGAAGUCUGAAACUCAUUUUUAUUUGUUUUAAUCGAACGACACAUAUGUAAUAUAAUGAAUACACAUACACAAAUUGGUAUGAGCAUCCGUUCCAAUUGUAGUGAACAUCAACCAGGGACCGGCAUCAUCUACUUGUGGGAUGGCGAAGCACAUUUUGUUAAUGAAUUUAUUAUACUGGUUUUAGCAAACCCGUUUAAACUGUACAUAUAUUAUGACAAUGGAAGAGAACCUAUAUUUAUGAAACAAUAAAGUCAAUAAACGGAAUGUAAAAGCAACAAAA